AUGGUUCGGAUCCGUCUGGGGGGGAGAGGAGCUGUCUCUCCGCUGCUGCAGCAGUAUGGGGGCCGCAGCAGUUUGCUGCAGCGGGGGCAGCAGCAUCUGCUGCUGCUGCUGCCGUUGCUGCUGCUGCUGCUGCUGCUGCUGCUGAACCCUGUUUCUCUCUGCUGCGGCUUUGCCUUCGUACCCAUACAGCAGCACGAUAGGGGGGCCCCCAGGGGCCCCCUCAUACAAAAGUGGAGGGCCCCCGAGGGGCCCCCCGUGUCUCCUUAUCAAGACACUCAGUCCCCUGCAGCAGCAGCAGCAGCAGCAGCAGCAGGGCCCCCCGUGUCUCCUUAUCAAGACACUCAGUCCCCUGCAGCAGCAGCAGCAGCAGCAGCAGCAGCAACAACAGCAGCAGCAACAGCAGCAACAGCAGCAGCAUCUCUUCGUUUCCCCGCAGCAACUUAUCGGGGCCCCCCACCCCUGCGCGUUAUAAAUGGAGGAGAUGCAGCUCCUGCUGCAGCAGCAGCAGCAGCAGCACCACCGCCAGAAGCAGCAGCAGCAGCAGCAGCAGCAGCAGAAAAAGAACCAGCAGCAGCAGCAGCAGCAGCAGAGCGUCUCACUAUAGGGCAGCAACGAGCAGCAGAUAAGAAGCAGAAUUGGCACCCAACUUAUCGGGGCCCCCCACCCCUGCGCGUUAUAAAUGGGAGAGAUGCUGCUCCUGCUGCUGCUGCAGCAGCAGCAGCACCACCGCCAGAAGCAGCAGCAGCAGCAGCAGCAGCAGAAAAAGAACCAGCAGCAGCAGCAGCAGCAGCAGAGCGUCUCACAAUAGGGCAGCAACGAGCAGCAGAUAAGAAGCAGAAUUGGCAUCGUCAGUAUAUAUACGGUCCUGUGGAUCCUGCUGCUGCUGCUGCUGCUGCUGCUGCUGAGUCUGCUGCUGCUGCUGCUGCAGCAACAGCAGCAGAUGCUGCUGCUGCUGCAACCCCCGAGCUGCUGCUGCAGCUGCCGCCACACAGAAAGCCCCAAGGCCGCAGGUGGAGGCUCCUAGAGGAGCUGCAUGCAGGCGAGUCUGUGCUAGCUGCUGCUGCUGCUGCUGCUGCUGCUGCUGCUGCAGCAGCAAAGACAAAGACUGAGGAAGCAGCAGGAAGAAAAUCAGCAGCAAGAGGGGUAAAUGGAGGAGAUGCAGCUCCUGCUGCAGCAGCAGCAGCAGCAGCACCACCGCCAGAAGCAGCAGCAAAGACAAAGACUGAGGAAGCAGCAGGAAGAAAAACAGCAGCAAGACGGGGCAGCAGCAGCAGCAGCAGCAGCAGCAAUCUGCUGCUGCAGCAGCUGCAGCAAGCAGCACUCAGAGCAGCAGCAGCAAAAAUAGAAGAAGCAUUUAACCAAAUAGAAAACAGCAACAGCAGCAGCAACACAACACAAUGGGAUGGAGAAACUCCCCCUGCUGCUGCUCCUGCUGCUGCUGCUGCUGCUGCUGCUGCUGCUGCUGCUGCUGCUGCUGCUGCUGAGCUGCGGCCCCGCGUUCUCUAUGCCCGCGAGCUCCGCCGCCUGCUGCGCAACCGUGCAGCUCUCAUUGCUGCGGGGGUACUAGCAGAGGGGCCCCCCCCGGGGCCCCCCCCGGGGGCCCCCCAGGGGGCCCCCCAGGGGGCCCCCCCGGGGGGCCCCCAGGGGCCCCCCCCCUCUGCUGCUGCUGGUUCUGCUGCUACUGCUGCUCGGGGGGGGGGGGCCCUACCCCCCAGCAGCAGUUUGUUGGUUUGCCAGCUGCUAGCAACAGCAGCAUUUGACGAGACAGUGGAGGUGCAUAUACACCUGAAAAGACAGAGAAAAAAAAUAAAUACAGCAGCAGCAACAGCAGCAGCAGCAGCAGCAGCAGCAGCAAAAGGUAUUAGGGGCCCCCAAAGGGUACAGGGGUUCGUUACUCUACCCUAUGGCGUUAUUCCUUCUCUUCGGGGGCCCCCAUCUGCAGCAGCAGAAAGAGAAAACACAGCAGCAGCAGCAGCAGCAGCAGCAGCAGCACCAGCAGCAGCAGCAGCAGCAGCAGCAGCAGCAAUCAGAGGAAAAAAAAAAGGAGGGGUAUGGAGAAGGCCCAGGAUAAUUGCUGCUCUUGUUGAACCUCAUCUAGAAAAAGCUGCGAGAGAUGGCGGAGCUCGCGGGCAUAGAGAACGCGGGGCCGCAGCUCAGCAGCAGCAGCAGCAGCAGCAGCAGCAGGAGCAGCAGCAGGAGCAGCAGCAGCAGCAGCAGCAGCAGGGGGAGUUUCUUCCUCCCAUUGUGUUGUGUUGCUGCUGCUGUUUUGUUUUUGUUUUUCUAUUUGGUUAA